AUGGCUCAAGCCUUUGAAGAUUUCUCGCUCUCACCUGUCUAUAAAAUGUCCCAAGCCGCGAUCAAUACCAGGGGUUCCCCCGGAUGGAAUUGCAAGGGAAAGGCGAUGCUAAUCACCGGUGCCAAUGGCGGCGUGGGACGGGCGGUGGUACAAGCAUACGCACGCGCAGGUGCGUCCCAUAUCGGUUUGGGAAUGCGACGCGAGGUCACCGACCUAGUCUACGCAGUCAAGGCGGCAGCGGCGCAAGGGGGUCACCCGGAGCCGACCGUGACGGUGCUUCUUAUAGACUUGGAGGAUCGAGCAAGCGUCACGGCGGCGGCAGAGCAGCUCGAGCGCGAUUGGGGCCGGCUCGACAUUCUAAUCAGCAAUGCCGGCUUCCUGCCACCAUUCUUGCCACUUCUUGAGGGUGACGAGACUGAUUAUUGGUACGCCUGGGAGAUUAAUAUCCGCGGCACUUACUGGAUUGCCAAAGCCUUCCUACCCCUACUGCUGCGCUGCGGCGGCGAUAAGACCUUCGUCGCCAUCAGCAGCCUGGGUGCCCACAUCCUCACCCCAGGUGCGAGUUCCUACCAGACGACUAAGUUUGCUGUCGUUCGCUUCGCCGAAUUCCUGAUGCAGGACUAUGGUGACCAGGGUCUGUUAGCCUACUCCAUGCAUCCAGCGUCGAUGCUCACCGAGCUUGCCAAGAAUAUACCUUCGAAUAUGCACCGUCUCCUCAAUGAUACGCCCGACUUGGUUGGCGAUACCUUUGCGUUUCUGGGCAGCAAGAAGAGAGAUUGGCUUGCCGGUCGAUUCAUCGCUGUGUGUUGGGAUAUGCCCGAGUUGAUGGCGAGGGAGAAGGAGAUUGUCGAAAAAGAUGCGCUCAAGUUUCGCAUGGUGAUGUAA